AUGCUGGCCACGGCGACUCGCACCGCCGCCGACGUGGAGAUGCUGCGGUUUGCAGACCUCGAGAUCUCGUCGUCGCUGCGAGGCAACAUCGCGGCACUCGGCCACGAGUUCGCGACACCUGUGCAGAGCGCUUCGAUGCCGCCGCUGCUGGCUGGGGAAGAUGUUGUCGCCAAGGCCCGCACCGGGACGGGAAAGACACUUGCCUUUCUCGUCCCGACGCUCCACCGACUGAGCACGUCC